CAACAAUGGCGACCGUCGGAGGCAUGUGCGUGAGAACUGUCACAUCAAUUUCAAGAAGUUUAAGACAUAAUAUUUAUCCGAGAGUGACGUGGAAUAGAUUACAAAGUGGCCAGUACUGCACUACAAACUCAGAUGCAAAGGGAGACAAAUCAGAAAAAUCGGAAAAUACAGGUGAUGAAUCCCAGAAAAUCAUAGAGAAUCUAACUGCAGAGGGUGAAAAGCUGAAGACACAGGCAAAUGACUUCAAGGCUGACAGCUGGUGGUCCAAAUUGUCUGGGGCAGGAAAAAAAUUGUUCCAACGUCACAAAGAGGAUGACAAUUGGAAGGACAAAUACAUGAGGGCUCUUGCAGAAACAGAGAACGUAAGACAGCGGAUGUCAAAGCAAGUCACAGACACCAAACUUUUCGGAAUUCAAGGAUUCUGCAAAGAUCUUUUGGAAGUGGCUGACAUCUUACAGCAAGCAACACAAAGCAUACCAGAGGAAGAAUUGAAGAAGAACAAGCAUCUGGAAGACCUUUUUAAUGGAUUGGUGAUGACAGAGGCACAACUUCAAAAAGUAUUCCUAAAACAUGGACUUGAACAAAUUAUUCCCCAGAAGGGAGAGAAGUUUGAUCCUCACCUCCAUGAAGCAUUGUUUCAAGUUCCAGCUGAAGAUCCUAAAAUGGCUUCCAGUGUUGCCACCCUUGAAAAAUUAGGAUACAGACUGCAUGAGAGAACCCUGCGGCCUGCACUAGUUGGAGUGUUUAAGUCUUGAUAACAUGGGACCAACUUCAUUGCAACAUCAUAUUUGUGUUGCCUGCAACACAUGGCAGAUACAGGGUCACUCAAUCUGUUGUCUGUGUGUCUGUCUGUCAUUAUUGAGUCACACAAUGAAGCAGUAAUCAGGAAAGAUUUGUGUUUAUUAUGAAAAAAUCUUCACUACAGUGGGUAAAGGUAAAAAAAAU